UGGCUCACGAAAUUAACACAUCAUGCAUUCAUUGCUAUUACAUGUCCUCCAUAGGCCAUAGCCAUAAUUAUGAACUUCUUCUACUGCUUCAAUUCAAGAGAUUUGUUUGUAGUUAAAACCUAAUCUAUUAUUAUUAUUAUAUAUAUGCAGCUACGCUAGCAGGUUAUUAAUGGAGGGAAGAUGUACUGCACUAGUUAAUAUGUAAGAACCCCGUGGGAGGAGCUUAAUUUGAGUAGUUUUUUUGAACCCUAAUGAAUACGCGCGCUCAAUAGCGAGGAGUCCGUUGUUUAUUUACUCUACCACAUUUCUAGACAGAGACCUGAAAUCAUCCGAUCGAUCAUCCAUUGAAGUUGACGAUCUUUUUAUUAUUAUUUUUCACUCAGCCUAUCUGGAUCUGCGCUUUCUCAUUGCGUACGUAUGAAUCUAAUCACGUAUCUCAAUAGAUUGCUUCAUUAUUUAUCAUUGUUCAAUUUAUAUGUAAGCAGGUGGUGCGAUUCAUCUUUUGACCGCAACUUGCUCUUUUUGAGGUCGUAAUUUUGUCAGGAUUAAACGAAAAAGUUCGAAUGCCAGUUUUGUUGUCCUGUUUGAAAGCAAUCUCUGUACUGAAUUUACUUCUGUCGUGUUUUAUAAAGCAAAUCGAAAGAGGAUUGGUUUUUGGCUUCGGCAUGUGAGAUUCAUUGAAGAAUAAGAGUAAGAAGUAAGAAGAACCAAUGGACAUGACCAAUAGAAAGGAACGGCAUAUCGUCUCUUGGUCUCAAGAGGAGGAUGAUAUUCUUCGUGAGCAAAUCCACAAGCAUGGAACGGACAAUUGGUCAAUCAUUGCAUCCAAAUUCAACGACAAAACCCCAAGACAAUGCAGAAGAAGAUGGUACACUUAUUUGAAUUCUGAUUUCAAGAAAGGUGGAUGGUCUCAAGAGGAAGACAUGCUCUUAUGUGAGGCUCAAAAGAUAUUUGGGAAUAGAUGGACUGAGAUAGCAAAGGUGGUUUCAGGCAGGACUGAUAAUGCUGUCAAAAACCGAUUUUCUACAUUGUGUAAGAAGAGGGCGAAACACGAUGCCUCAACAAAGGAGAACAUUGCUGCUUAUUAUCUCAAUCCAAUUACUAACAAAAGGGUUAUACCAGAACCUACUUCAUGUAUCAAGAAAAUGAGAUCAACUCCGAAUAAACAGAUAAGACCUCCAUUUACUGUACUUUCUCAGAACAUCAUCAACUCGAGAAAACAUGUUGGCGAUGAUGGUAGCAAUCAAAAGUUUGAAGGAACAUAUCUGAAGAAGGAUGAUCCAAAAAUAACUGCAUUGAUGCAACAAGCGGAACUUCUAAGUUCACUAGCAGUCAAGGUCAAGGCUGACAAUACAAUACAGAGUCUUGAAAAUGCAUGGAAGGUUAUCCAGGAAUUUAUCAAUGGAGGAAAGAAAGGAGGGGAUUUGUUGGGAAGUAAAAUUCCGGAAAUGGGUUUUGAGCUAGAGAACAUGAAAGAAUUAAUAGCGGAAUUGAGCUUUAGUAAUGAGGAUAAACGAAUAUUUUGGAGGCAACCUGAUUUAUACGAUUCAUCGCCAAGCAGUUCUGAGAACAGCACAGGAUCAGCCACCGGUGACAUGUCCAAUCAAUUUCAUUUCAAUCAAGAUAAACAAAUAGAAAAGAUGCCAAAUGAGAAUAGCGAUAAGAACAAAAGUAGGAUCAAUUCAGCAUUCUCGAGCACAGAGUUCAGCUCUCCUCUUCAAGUAACUCGAGUCUUUGGGUCUACUCCAAAGUUUUCAGAAAGCGAGAGGCAAUUCCUUAUGAAAACACUUGGACUGGAGUCGUCUUCUUCACCCAUGAAUGCUAGUAAACCACCAAACUGCAAAAGAGCGCUCAUCAACAGUCUAUAAACAUUAGUGUCUUCUCCUUUACUGAGGCAUAAAAGUCUAAAUAGGGAGGAAGUACUACUCUAGGAUUAUAUAUGUUUAAGUUUGACAGUCAAAUUAAAUAUCUCUCUCAAAUGUUUUUAAUCACAUGUGAGUUUCUAAUUGAUUCAUGAGAUCUCAAAUCAAGCUAGACCCACACACAGCAGAGAAUGAGGAAGCAUCAGUGGGAGACACGUUUGAAAUGUGAAGGGAAGUUUACUCUGUUUAGAAGCUUUGCGAAGAUUCAGAGCAUUGAUAGCCAAAUCAAACAUUGAGAAAGAAACCUAAGGAUUCAAUGUUGUGUCAAUUAUGAUUUAUGAGGGGUGAUCUAAAGACACCAAGAUGGAUCAUUGAAUUUUUUCAAAGAUCAUUGGUUUUGACAUGAGCUUUGAUGUGAAUUGAGUGUUUUUUUUUUUUUUUUUUCUUUGGUAAACUUCAAUGUUAUUUGACUUGUAUUAAUCGGUUUGGCCUGAAGAAUAAAACUUUUUUGGCUUCCAUA